UAAACUACCAUUAAAAUUUCUACAGACAAACCCAAAAUCCCCGUUCUGUUUUUCAUUCUAAGUUUUUCUCUGUACUUGAGCUAGGGCUUUUGCUACGGUACCCUCUCUCUAGGGUUUUACGAUCUUCAACCAAUUAGCUUCGAUUCUGAGUCGUUUCGCAAUGCCUCGGUAUUACUGUGAUUAUUGCGAUACUUAUUUGACCCAUGACUCUCCAUCAGUUAGAAAGCAACACAACGCAGGUUACAAGCACAAGGCGAAUGUUAGAACUUACUAUCAGCAAUUUGAGGAGCAACAGACCCAGAGCUUAAUAGACCAAAGGAUCAAGGAACAUCUUGGUCAAGCUGCGGCUUUCCAGCAGGUUGGAGCUGCUUUCAAUCAACAUUUAAUGGCUCAGAGGCCUCGACUUCCUGUUAUGUCGAUUCCCGGGGCUCCGUUACCUGUAAACCAACCAAUGGUCCCAGGGAUGAGGCCCCCUGUUCUGCCAAGACCAAUUCCAGGUGCCCCAGGUUAUAUUCCCGUUCCAGGCAUGCCACCAAUGAUGGCACCACCUGGUGCUCCUUUGCCUGGACAAGUAAAUGGCCUUCCACGACCUCCUACAUUGGCUCCCCCAACAACAGUUUCUGGAACUGUAACAACACCCACUUCUUCUAACGGAGCACCCACUAUAUCUGCACCAUAUCAGGCCAAUCCUACUGCCCCAACAAGUGGCGGGUUUGACAAUUUCAAUGCCAAUGCACAACCUUCUGAAGCUAAUCAGUAAUCUGGUAAAACCCACGUGCCUUCCUUCUGUACCUAAAGAGAUUAAGCACAUGUAUGCUGUUGAACAUGAAGUUUUCCGAUGAUUACCGCUGUAUGCUAAUAGUUUUAGAAGGGUUAUUUAUGUAUUAGACUUGAAGCAUAUGGAGAAUGUGAUAACUUGAUAAAAGACAAACUUUGACAUUGUUGUUUUUCUUUUGGCAAUUUUAAAGUCAAUGUAGAAAUUCAAACUUAAGCUGGGAUUAUGCAAUGGUUGGUUUAUGAUUA